CCUCUUUCUUGUUUGCUACUAUGUAGGUAGCUCUAGUCUUUUUUUCCAAGUCCCUCUAGCCUCUCUAAGUCCAUCUCGUCUUAGAUCGUCUUUUCUCUCUCUCUUUUUUUUCCCCUUUCUCUUUAAAUCUUCACCCUUCUCAAAAAAUAAGAAACAUAAAAAAUAAAAAAAAGGGCCGUUACGUAUCAUUCCCCGAAAUUACAGCUUACCAAGGUCAACUUGUUUUAUUACCAGUAUGUACGGUCUAGAGACCUAAUUACCAACCGAUAAUCUAUAUCGGCUGAUAAUAAAAAGAAAAAAACACAUGGGGGAGCGCCCAACUGCAACACAGCGAGACGUGAGGUUGCUCUCAUGUAUCGUUUCAAUCUGAUUUUGGCCGUGGCUACGGCGGAUCUCAGGUAAACACGUGGUAGUCCAUUCCCUAUCCAUUUUUCAAGUUGCCCGCCAAUGAAUCUCUCCACCCGCCAAUCAAGGCCAGCGCCAGCGCAGACGUCGCAGACAUACAGCCCAGAGAGACGUGACACUCCGAGUUCCCACACGCACCCCCCUAGCCCGUCGACCGUAGGCUCUUUCGGUCAAGAGGCGAGGCGAUGCGAGGCGACACAAGAUCAGACACGUCUGCCCUGUGAGGCCACACAUUACCUGCUACCUACCGACAUUGCCAAUGCAUGCGAAGGAUGGGAAAGGGAGAAAAUAAACAAUUAGAUACCUUGCCUACCUUAUUUACCAG